AUGUCACAACUGCGGUCUCUGGACUUGUCCAACAACUUGAACCUCAGGUUGGAAGGUCUUCCAGCUAGUGCUUAUGUAACUCUGCUUCAAAAUCUGGCGCUUUCGAACUUGCAACUAUCUGGAUCGCUGCCUGCAUGGCUGGGCACUCUACACCAGCUUGAAGAGCUCGAACUCUCUUUUAACAAAAUUGCAGAGCUUCCUUCUUCAGUUGGUAAUUUGUCGAACUUAAGGACUUUGAACCUGACGCAGAGCAAAUUAACAGAGAUUCCAGCCUCCAUCGAUGGAUUGUUAAGCAUUGUGAAGAUGGACUUUUCUGAGAAUCUCCUGACAAGUGUACCAACUUCAUUGAGCAAAGCUGUCAGACUAGAGAUUCUCAACCUGAAUUCCAACAAUCUAUCAGCUAUUCCUCCCUCUUUGGGAAACCUUCAGUCGUUGAGAAAGUUGCUUUUUGCCUACAAUCUCUUUACCGACCUCCCGUCUUCUUUGGGUGCUCUGGGUAGCCUCGACAAGCUCGAUGCCUCGGACAAUAAACUGGUUGGAUCAUUCCCCGCAUUUGUACAGAAUAUGACCAGUCUGCAGACGCUGAAUCUGGCUGGUAACUAUCUCAGCGGAGAUAUACCCACAUUCGUCUACUCCGGCUCAGGCUUUCGACUUUACAGUCUGAAUGUUUCCAGAAACUCCUUUACAGGAAGCGUGCCAGACUUUUCCUGGGGCACUCUGCCUUCUAGUCUGGGUAAUUGCACCAAACUUCAGAGGAUGAGACUUGGGUACAAUCCAUUCAUGACAGGACCUAUCCCAGCCACAAUAUGCAGUCCAGGAGCUUCACUGCUGACAUUGUCCUUGGCUUACAGCAACUUUGUGGGUGAGAUUCCAUCAUCUCUGGGUAAUUGUACGAGAUUGAAAGUUCUAGAUUUAGGUGGCAAUCAGUUCAGUGGAAAACUGCCCCUCAGUCUGCAGGAUCUUUCAAUUAGAUUACGAGUUCUCAUUGUCGCAGGCAACAGACUAGAGGGACUUUUUCCGGAAUGGAUAGUAAAUCUGAGAUGUCUGCAGGUAGUUGACUUGUCUAAGAACAGUUUCGUAGGGGAGCUGCCCAGAGACUACUCUCAGCUGGAGGGAUUCAGGAGCAGUGCAAGCAUGGCCUCGAAGGAUACACUUUACUUUGACGAUCUCAAAAUCAAUUUCAAAGGGGGUCCUUUGGAUCUGCAGUACCUCCUAUCCACACGAACUUCUUUCGAUGUUUCUAGCAACUUGCUUUCUGGUAAUCUUCCAGAAGAGCUGGCAGAAUUAUACGGCCUCUUAUACUUGACCCUGUUCGAAAAUAACUUCACUGGCACAAUUCCGGUCAGUCUAGGUAAGAUAUCAAAUCUCGAGUCUCUAGAUCUGUCCAGAAAUUCCACAAGAGAUUGGUCAACUGUCAUCACUGGCGUACUUCAAUGUCGCUCAUAA